GGAGGAAUAAUUUUUUUUUUCAUCUAUAAUUUGGAAGCCAAAUCAGUAACAAAAUGAAACCAGUACAGCAUCUGUUGACCACCAGUAACAAGUCAGCAAAUGUUCCAGAAUUAACUUUUAAAAAAGGACCACAUCAUUUACCAUUGUCACCUAAACUAAGGGAAAAACAUAAUGCAAAAUUCAUUCAUGAUAGAAUUGAACCAAUGGUCCUAAGAUCUCCACCAACAGCAGAAUCCAUUGUACGGUAUGCUUUGCCCAUUCCAUCGAGUAAGACAAAGGACUUACUACCAGAAGAAGCAAUGAUCAGAAAAGUUAUCAAACAUCUGAAGAUGGUUGUUUCCACUUUGGAAGAAACCUAUGGACAUUGUGAUGAGAAUGGAGAAGAACCACUUGUAAAGCGUGAACAGGAAGAAUUAUCUUUAUCUGCUGGGGAUGAUAUGAAUUCAUUCUUGACGUGUUGUUCACAAUUUGCAGCUCAGCUAGAAGAAACACUUAAGGAAGAACAAAAUAUUUUGGAAUCUCUUUUUAAGUGGUUUCAGUUGCAGGUCAAUCAGAUGGAAGAAAUAAGUAAAGAUCAAACUCUUUUACAAGAAGAGCCUCCAGACCCUGACAAAACAGUCACUUUAAGUCUUGCACAAGUAGUAAGGCUUGCACAAAGAUUUGAAGAACUGAAGAAUCGCCUUAAACAGAGGUCUAAAAACCCCUUGAAAGUCAUGUUGUCUAAAACCAUGAAUAAAGAAAAUCUACCAGAAGCAGUGAAAAGUUGUGAAGAUGUAGCACAGAAAAUGGAAGAAUUCUUAAAAGCCCACUCAACUGAUGAAUUUAAAGAUGUUUCUGCAAUGGAGCCACAAACUGAUCGUUCAAUGACUACUCGAUUUAAUGCCGUGUUGAAAGUAUUUGAAAACCAGGCAAAUAAGUUGGAGAGAGCUGUAAAUGAUCAAGUUUUGUUAGAUGCUGAAUACAAACAGAUGCAAUGUGAUUUUAAGUUGUUAUUAGAAGAGAAGUUGGUGCUGGAAAAUGAACUACAAAAGUUGAAGGACACAGAGAAAACCAAGCCUACAAAUGAUAGAAUAAGGAAAGCUGUAAAAACACAGAAGAAAAAAGGCAAAGGAAAAUCUGAGGAUUCAGAAGAGAAGAUGUCUCCAGAAAAAGAGUUUAAAAUAGAAGAUUUGCAUCAAGUACAGAAAGUGGCACAUGCUCUGGAAAUUGAGAACAAAGUCCUUCAGGAGCAAUUGAAACAGGCUUUACAGGAAGCUGAAAAAGCUAAGCAUCAACUUAACUAUUUCCUAAGUCAAGAUAAGAAGUUACGUAAAAGUGAGGGGAAAAUCGAGACAACAAUGGAAGUGGGUAAUAAUCAAACAAAAGUUAAAGGUGAAGAUUCAAAAAAUAUACCACUGAAGAAAGAAACAAGAAAAUCACUGAUUCCAGAUUCAGGUGGACAAAGGACAAAUGAUAAAAUCCAAGAAUAUCCACAGAUCUCUGCCCAAAGUGGAAGACCAAUUGAAAAAAGAUCCUAAUAGAGUUUCUGAAAUACUUUGGAAAAGUCUCCCAAACCUUCAGAGAGUGGAUGGGAGCGAAGUAAGGAGACCCCACCUGAGCAGAUACAUGGUAUUGCUUAUAAUAAAGUACAUUUUUGCUCUUUACAA